AUGUCCCUGCCAUCGCCUUUUCUGCGUAGAUGCUCCGGUUGUAGGGAGCUCCUCGAGCCGCCCUCGGACGAGGGCCAAUUCGGCGUGCAAACCAACGACGGCCGCGCCUGGCACUCGGGAUGUCUGGUGUGCGCGCAGUGCCAGUGCCCCCUGUACAACAGCGGUGAUGUCGUCUCCCGGUGCUACGCCAAAGGGGGACAAGUCUACUGCCGAAAAGAUUACAUAUGCCUGUUUGAGGAAUCCCAGUUGCGUCGAUCAACCAGCCCAUGCCUCGGCUGCCGUCAGCCUCUCCUCCCCGGUAACCUGAUCAUGCACAGCCCGUUCCACACCUUCCAUUUCGAGUGCUUCUCUUGCUAUGUCUGUGGAACCGGUCUGCUUCCCGGACAGCCUUACCUCCUUCACAACGACUCGCCUGUGUGCCUUCAUGAUUUUAUUCAACUACAACAAAAAACCCCGCCACCAGGAGACUGCACCAAAGAAAUCGCCCCAGCACUAAGUCAAAGGAGGAUACGAAGAGCGGAACAUUUCACCGAGUGCCUGGGUAAUUUACUUGCUAGCGAAUCCUUUUUCACCAGACCAAAAGCUGUGCUGCAGCACUCGCCGCUUUACCUUUCCUCCCGACAGAAGCGCGUUCGAACCUCCUUCAAGCACCAACAACUCCGCUCGAUGAAGGCCUUCUUCGCAAAGAACCACAACCCUGACGCCAAGGACCUCAAGGGUCUCUCGGAAGUGACUGGGCUCUCAAAACGCGUCCUUCAGGUUCGUUUUCAAUGUGAUCGACUCCUUCGCGUCUGGUUCCAAAAUGCCCGAGCCAAGUACCGCCGAAGUGUUGGAGGCCCGGAUACGCCCCGGCACAGCUCCGGCGCCGACUCCCGCACCCACAGUCCCGGCAACUCCACAGUCGACACCGCCAUCUCGGGGGAGUACUGCCUUCGACUAGGGCUCGUGUAG